UUCCGAAGAAAGGCCCAAUUUUGGGUAAUUUAGGUAUACUCCCAGUCAUCCUCUGUUGGGGUCACCUAGGGUUUUGACAGCAAGGCAAGCUCGGAAGCUCCUUUUCAAUGCGUGCUUCAACCCUUUGGAAUCAUAGAACUCUUCCGUUAACGCCGCUCAGAUGUUGAGUUCCCAACGCUUUAAAACCCAUCUUCUCUACUUGAAGGGACUCAUAAGAGCACCGUUUCCAACCCCAAAAGCGAAUCCAUUUGCAUUAACACUCUCUUUGAAAUACAGCUCCAUCACUUCAGAGCAACACUCAUUCACCGUUUCAUACCUCAUUAACAAUUGCGCCUUCUCGCCAGAAACUGCUCUCAAGGCUUCCAAGCUUGUUCGAUUUGAGACCGCCGAAAAGCCCGAUUCAGUAAUCGCCUUCUUCAGAAACAACGGAUUCUCCCACUCUCAGAUAAAUAACAUUGUUAGAAGAGUACCCAAUUUGCUUACAUGCAACCCCCACAAAAGGGUUUUUCCAAAGUUUGAAUUUUUAACCUCCAACGGUCUUCCCAAAUCUGACAUUGUUCGACUGGUGACUGGGUGCCCUGGAUUCCUAUCUUCAAGCCUCGAAAAUUGCAUAGUCCCUUCAUACAAAUUGGUGAGAAGGUUCCUUCAAUCUGAUAAGGAAGUUAUUGGUCGUAUACUCGCUGGUAGAAAUUUCCUAUCUUAUAAACUUGCCAAACAAAAUGUGAGAUUGUUGCUUGAAGAUGGAGGAGUCUCUGACUCCAACAUCACCUAUUUGUUACGAAGAAGACCUACUAUUCUCUUGACCGGUGACAUGAGGAGGGCCUUGGAUGAAGUUAAGGAAAUGGGGUUUGAUCCCUCUAAGUUAAGCUUUGGAAUGGCAUUGCUUGCCAAAAAGGGGAUUUCCAAAUCUAGGUGGGAUGCAAAAGUUGAUGCCUUUAAGAGCUGGGGUUGGUCUGAAGAAUUGGUUCUUUCUGCGUUUAAGCAGGCACCCAUGGUUAUGUUAACAUCGAAGGAUAAGAUUAAUGAGGUGAUGAAAUUUUGGGUCAAUCAAUUAGGUUGGAACUCUUUGGCCCUUGCCAAAGGGCCUGUAGUUUUUGGAUAUAAUUUAGGGAAAAGAAUUGUUCCGAGGGGUUUGGUUGUGCAGCAUCUGAUUGCAAAAGGUUUGAGAAAAAAGAAUGCCAGCUUGUUUGUCCCAUUUAUUAUUCCUGAAAACCUGUUUUUUGAAAAGUUUGUGAAAUGUUUUGAGGAGGAAAGUCAUCAAUUAUUAAAGCUAUACCAAGAAUCGAUGGGUGUUUAAGAAAAUCUGGGAGGAUGGUUUAGUAUCUGCUGUGAUUAACUUAUGAGUACCAAUUUCUUGUGAUUUCUCCAUCCCAUUCAAACUGGGACUGAUUUAACUAAAUUGUUUCAUUUUGAUGGGUCGGGACUCGGAACCAUUAUUGUUUGUUGCAUUCGUCAAUUCUCAUUAUAGUUGUGAUGAAUGUCAACUACUGGAUGCUUCAUAAAUGAUUGAAGCAAGAUUACAAAUUCUUUAAUAUCCAAUGAUUAUUUGUAACGUAGCUGGUGCGGGCAUGCUGAUAUUGUUGCCUUCGUAAGCAUAUGUAUUCAAACAUCCCUGUAUUUUGAAUAUGCAUGAAGAGGGUCUUUUAGCUUUUAGUAGUAGUACCAGAAAAUCUCACUUUUUUGGUUUUGCUUUGAUCUCGAAAUAUUUUGAAGGGAUUUUGGUCAUUGAGAUUAGAAAGGGACUGUGGCUGCUGUCCUGUGACCCCUACAAAAGGGUCUUGGUUUGAAUUUUCUCCGAAAAGGUGCUUCUGGCUCGGAAAUAGUUGACCUAGGGAGUAAGUAACCAGAACUCCAGAAGUAUUGGCUCCAAGACUGGGGAAUCAUAUAGUCCCAAACUACGAGUUGGUCCAAACCCCAAGGCUGAUUCCCAUUGGUGUAGUUUCCUCUCAGCUCUCAACGUCGCGUCCUCUCCCUAUUCAUAUCCCAUUGGUUCCACUCAAUUUUCACUCACAGUAAUCGUCUCUCCCUGUAAUGCUAUAACUGUCUCCUUGUACUGCUACUCCACUUGUCUCUGUUUUUCCCCGUCUGGUAUAUAUUUUCCAUAG